GUCCGGCGUCGUUAAAUUGAGCUCGCUGGCGAGUCGUCACGACGUCACUGAUUUCGCUCACAGUUUCAGAAGCUGCUUUCAUCCGAGUUGGCAGUCAUGGGGGCUCUCUCUAAGGAGUAUGGCUUUGUGGUCCUGACUGGCACUGCCAGCUUUAUCAUGGUGAUGCACCUGGCGUAUAAUGUCACCAAGGCACGCAAGAAGUACGCCAUAGAUUAUCCCAAAAUGUACGCCGAUGAUGGCGAAGAUGGGAACAUGUUCAACUGCGUCCAGCGGGCCCACCAGAACACGUUGGAGCUUUACCCAGCAUUCCUCUUCUUCCUGUCGGUUGGUGGCAUUCAGCACCCUCGUGUCGCCAGUGCCCUGGGUCUGACGUGGGUUGUUAGCCGGGAGAUCUACGCUUAUGGAUACUAUACGGGCGAGCCCCGCAAGAGAACAAGAGGCGCCUUUGGGUUUUUGCCACUCCUGGGCCUGAUGGGUCUUUCAGUCUCCUUUGCUGUGAAGCAUCUUGGCUGGAAACAUUGCUGCUAAGCUGGAGGCCCCGGGUAGCGCCACGGUGACACUGGGAACUUGGCUUACACUCCUGAUGCCAUAGAAGGAGCUGGCAUUGUCCGGCUUGGGUGACCACUGACCCCUCAAUCCCCACAAGGUGCACCUGAGGUGUCUGCUGUGCAGGAGGUCUGCUGAGGACCCAAGCACCUUGAUGCCAGCUCUUCGAGCACACGACGUUUUUAUAUGCCAACUGAAAUUUUUUUUUGUAUACCAGCUGGAAAAUAAAAUGUUCAAGCCUUA